GAAACCACGGGGGAAAUGGCAACGCCCACUCACCCGGAGUCCCACCACCGUGUCGGGGUGUCACGACUGCCCUCCCCCCGCCUUCAAGGGCGCCUUUCGGCGGCGGGAAGACCCGACACGCAGCGGGUGGGAAACUCCGGCCCCGGGCCGGGCCCCCUCCCCCCGGGCACAACCUCCCCCCGGCCUCCGCGCCUGCGCAGUGCGGCGAGGCCGCCGCUCGCAGGUUCCCCUUCCGGCCGCGCCGGGGCUCCCGCCAACAUGGCCGUGCGGGGCGGGCGGCGCUGGCUGCUCUGGGCGGCAGUGGUUGCGCAUGUGGCGGCAUCAGGUGCGGGUUUUGUGGUGGAUCUAGAUGAGUCGUUUAAAGAAAACCGUAAAGAUGAUAUUUGGCUUGUAGAUUUUUAUGCACCUUGGUGUGGCCACUGCAAGAAACUGGAACCUGUGUGGAAUGAAGUGGGUAUCGAAAUGAAAAACAUGGGCUCUCCAGUAAAAGUUGGGAAGAUGGAUGCAACUUCCUUUUCUAGUAUUGCAUCUGAAUUUGGAGUGCGAGGCUAUCCAACAAUUAAGCUCUUAAAAGGAGACUUGGCAUACAACUAUAGAGGACCUAGAACAAAAGAUGAUAUAAUUGAAUUUGCUAAUAGAGUGGCAGGAUCUCUUAUCAGGCCACUUCCUAGCCAGCAUAUGUUCGAGCAUGUGCAGAAGAGACAUCGUGUACUUUUUGUGUAUGUUGGUGGUGAAUCUCCUUUAAAGGAAAAAUACAUUGAAGUUGCUUCAGAACUAAUAGUUUAUACAUACUUUUUUUCUGCCUCAGAAGAUGUGCUGCCUGAGUAUGUGACAUUGCCUGAAUUGCCUGCUGUUAUGGUCUUCAAAGAUGGAACUUACUUUGUUUAUGAUGAGUAUGAAGAUGGUGAUUUGUCAUCCUGGAUAAACAGAGAAAGAUUUCAAGGUUAUCUUAAUGUAGAUGGCUUUACGCUGUAUGAACUUGGAGAUACAGGAAAACUUGUGGCUAUUGCAGUCAUUGAUGAAAAAAACUCUUCAGUGGAACAUACCAGACUAAAGUCUAUUAUUCAGGAAGUUGCUAGAGAUUAUCGGGAUCACUUUCACAGGGAUUUCCAGUUUGGCCAUAUGGAUGGAAAUGAUUACAUCAAUAGUUUACUAAUGGAUGACUUGACUGUCCCUACAAUUGUUGUAUUGAAUACCUCCAAUCAGCAGUAUUUUCUACCAGAUAGGCACAUUGAGAACACAGAAGACAUGGUUCAGUUCAUUAACAAUAUCUUGGAUGGUACAGCUGAAGCACAGGGUGGUGAUGGACUUCUGCAACGAAUCAAGAGAAUAAUCUAUGAUGCCAAAUCUACUGUAAUGUCUGUGUUCAAGAGUUCACCACUUCUGGGAUGCUUUCUCUUUGGGUUGCCCCUGGGGGUCAUCAGCAUUAUGUGUUAUGGCAUCUGCACAGCUGAUACAGAUGGAGGGAUAGAUGAACAUGAGGCAGCUAAAAAGGAAACCGGUGAUCGGGAGCUCACGGAUGAAGGCAGUGAGGAGGAACAAGAGGAGGAAAAGAAUGGAAAAUAUUCAGAACUUUCAGAUGGAGAGCUUAAACAGAAAGACAUAAUGGAAAAGAAAAAGGACUAAUUUGUUUAGCAAAAGAAUUAUCUAGAAUUUUCAAAUAGACUUAUUUAUUGAAGGUGGUCAUUUAUGAUCUUCAUGAAAGAGGACCUUUUUGUCUACAUUAUGGUAGUUUUGACUUGCAUGUAUUCAGAUUUUUUCAGAAAUUGACAGGAAAAAAGAAAAUAUGUUAUCUUGAUUGUCUUUAAUAAAUUAACAAAGAGCCAUUUCAACUGAAGGAAUUUACAGGUACAAUUCUACACUGUGUUUUUUGAAUUUUUGAAUUGUUCAUUUCCAAAACUGUGAGAUAAUGUUACUUGACAUUACUGUAUGUGGUGAACCACAGCUAAUAAAGCCCAGCUAAACACUCAUUCAUACAAAGUUAAGACUGAAAACUAAGAGAGAUUAAGAGAUCUCUAAAGUCUUUCAGAGCUUGAUAGCUAAAGACAACUGAGUUUUCCAAGAAGUCGUGUGUUCUACUUCUUGGAAAUUAUUUUGGAAAAAAAACAACAAAUUUUUUUCUAUUUUCUCAAGUUAAAUGUAAAUUUUUUAGGAUCUAGAGGACUGUUUUACCAUGUAAUAAUAUAGUUAUCAGCAGUCAAGAAUGUUUACUUAAUAUAGAAUGUGAACUUAUAUGCUAAAUUAAAUCUUUAUUAGCACUUUAGCAGCUAAAAAUAUUGGAAAACUAUAAUAUAACCUUGUAGAAAGUGGUUGCCUGCAAAAUUGUUUUAUAUGAGUGCUUACACAAACUUACAGUUCAAAUGGUCUUUAAGUUUUCUGAAUCCACAGUGCAACUUGAUAAAGGAAGAUAAAAUAUAAACACCCUCUGUUUUGCGUAACUAUAAUGACAAGCUUUUCAAAUGGUGUAAAUUUGUUUUACAGUGUUUAAUUCUGAUUGUUUUAUAACUUUGCUGUUGUUAAUACUUUUAAGACUGUUACCUACUCUGGAAGAGGCAGUUAAUGGAGCAUAAUAGUAAUAUUAUUAGAUACUGGACAAUAUAAUGCAUUUUUGUUACCUGUUUAAUCAUAAAAGUCACUUUCACUACAACCCUGCGACUGUGCAAAGGACUAAUUUGUGUCCAGGGUUAAAAUCUCCAAGGAUAACCUGUAAAGCAGCCUUUGGCAUUGAUGUUGUGGAGACUACCACAGAAACAAAACCUACAUUGCGCUUCAUCUUAGUAUUCAUGCUGGGCUGUUUUGUUGGUUUUGUUGUUGUUGUUGUUAUUGUUUUAGUUUGUUUUGUUGUUACUGUAUAAUACAGAUAACAGUGUCCUCCUUAUAAGGCAGCUUGAUCACGUAAGAAAUUACUAGAGCAGUAAAUUAAGGCAAUUUUAAGUAAAAACAUGGGUAAGCUUCAAUAGACAAGGUCUGUGUUUGAAUAAAUAUGAUAAUAACCUAAGUCAUAACCAGGAAAAAUGUAUUGCAUCCUUUUUUCCUUGGAGGAAAUAAACUUGUUUCUUCUGUUUAAGUAGCUUGGUGACAGCUGGCUUCAUGUACCAGUGUAGAGUACAGUAAGUAGAUGCCUGACUUCUUUUAUUGAACAGUAUAAACUGUAUCUAAGGAGAUGAGGAUUUUUUUUCCCCAGAAAAUUCUGUCUGAUUUUGAGUCCAACCUUUUUCCUUUCCAGGGGAGAGGAAAAAAAUGAGUCAUAGAAUAAUGAGUAUCAGGUAUCUGUUUUUCCUUUUUUAUUUUCUCCUUCUAUAAGUUGCCUUUUUUCAUUUUUUGUCUUUAUAGUGGGUUGUACAUAGUGACUUGAGUUUUCUUUCUUUUUGACUAUUUUUUUUUGACAGAAUGUUUGAGGUGUAGUUUCAGCAUUUUUUUGGAGAGUGAGAUACUUAAAAAUGUGUUUAGAAAAAUUUUAACACAGUGUAGAGCUCUUGAGUUUUUUGGGCUGGUUGGUUUUUUUGUUUCUUUUUUAAAUCACUUCAUGACAAGCCUGUAAAUUUCUUUGGACUUUAGCACAACUCCAUACUGAUAGUCAAAAUGUAGGACUAUUAAGGCAGUAAUACAUUGUCUUGAUUUGUCUCUUAAGAGAUUUCAAAUACAGAUCAAUGACAAUGAAUUUUGUCUCAGGCUGGAAACCUGCAGCAUUUGGAUUAGUGAAAAAACUUGAAGUGGUCACUGGAACACUGCUGUUCCUUUCAUGUAACAGAAGGAAAAAUAAUUCUGAAUUCUGCUGCACUGCCAAGAACUGUUUCAACUGAGCUUUCAUUUUUGUGGUUAUUUUUACUUGUGCUUAUAAUCAGUAGUAGCCAAAUAAAUUGCUGAGAAAUCUUCUGAGAUCUGGACCUGAAUACCAUAAAUACUGUAUAAGAAACAGAUCUCACUGGGAACUGUAGAAACUGAACCAUUUAACUGCUCAAGUUAGGAGGAAAGCAUGUGUGCCAGUAACUUCUGAAUUGUAAUAUCAAUCCAGAUAUGUAUUGAACUGUUCAAAAUUAAACUUGAAUUGUACUGCCACUUUUACCAAAUCCUUCUCCUAGCUAUAUUCAGCAAGACAAAGAGAGAAGAAAAGUAUGCAAAUCAUGUACUGGUGUCAGAAGUGAUGUGAAAUUAAGAGUUUUGGUGUGGUCAAGUAAUCUAGAAUACUGUCUGAGAGGGGGGAUCUGGCUUUUUUUUUUUUUAAUCUUCAAUCUCUAAAGGUUUCCUAAAGCAAUUUCAUUGUAAUAACUUCAAAUUCCCAAAAUAAUGCUUCUUUUUUUAACUCCAGUGUAAGCCUUUUGGUUUUCUAUAAUAAAAACCUUUAAAAGA